GCUGCAACAGAACUCUCCCAACAGAAAGCCCAACCAGCAGGAUUUGAAGCGGUGAUCAGAUCUGAGGCGGAGCUCGACCGACCCUCCCUGUGCAGCGCAAAGCAGCUGUGAAGUGAAAGCAUGCUCUGGAGACUGACUCUUGCCGUGGCUGUCGUUUGUGUCGGGGGCAUAUGCAACUGCGUGCAGGCUGAUCUGAUGAGCAGGCUGAUCAUGCCGAGGGACUACGGGGUGAAACUGUGCGGCAGAGAGUUCAUCAGGGCGGUCAUUUUCACCUGCGGUGGCUCCCGCUGGAGACGGUCCACAGAGAGGGAUUUAGAUCCCUUCCAGUGGAGUUCCUUCAGUGAUGUUACAGUGGAGGACGACCACCACACCUGGCAACCUGCCUCAGCGCUCACAGAUGACCCCUCUCCUCUGCGUGUUGCCUCCUCAUACUCCCUCGCAGACCUCCUGGCUCUUUACCGGCAGCAGUCGCUGAGUGAGCCGUCCACGCUGGAGGCGCCUCAGCUGUCCGCGCCUUUGGGCGAGCAGCCGGCAGCUGACAGGCCCGUAUCGAGCAAGAAGAAGAGGAACUUUUCUCUGGGCGUGGCGGGGAAGUGCUGUAAUCAGGGCUGUACCAAAAACGAUAUCGGACGCUUGUGCUGA